UAGAAACCUUGGGCAUAAAUCACUCUAAUCCUGCUCUUUACAUACUGUUAAUUAGAACCAUUCGUAAGCAUCAAUAAUUUAUGCAUCUUCUGCAAAUUAAGCACAAAUAAUUAAAUAUCUUAGACCAUCGUGAGAACCCACCCGAGAAAGCACAAAUGGACUAACCAUGGAAAUUGAAGCACAGCAUCUUUUGGACAAACAGGAAAAGACACCAACAAGAAGUCUCCCAUUAUCCAUCUACAUAUCCUCUCUCUCUCACCAAACUCUUAGCACCAAUGGCCAAAAUCUUCCUCCUCUCCUCUCUUCCCAUCCUCUCAGUACUAUUCCUCUUCCUCUUCCUCUUCCCACUCUCUUAUUCCCAAGCUCUCCCCAUAAAUGUGUGGCCCAAACCCACCACCAUCUCCUGGCCAAUCCCCAGAGCCACACCUCUCUCCCCUUCCUUCCAAAUCCUCUCCGCCUACUCCCAGGAACCCCACCUCCAGUCCGCCGUCGCCCGCUACACCCGCCUCCUCUUCUCCGAGCACCACCACCCCAUCGUCGCCCCCGCCGUCAACCUCUCCUCAUCCCCACCAUUACGCUCUCUAACUCUCUCCAUCUCAGACCUCUCCUCCCCUCUCCAGCAUGGCGUCGACGAGUCCUACUCCCUGUCCAUUUCAUCCUCCACCGGGCUCGCCAACUUGGCCGCCAUCACCGUCUGGGGCGCCAUGCGAGGCCUCGAGACCUUCUCCCAGUUAUCGUGGGGUGAUCCUCCGGUGAUCGCCGCCGAUGUCUACGUCGCCGACCGGCCUAUCUUUCCCCACCGCGGGGUGAUGCUCGACACGUCUAGGAACUACUACCCGGUGGAGGACAUCAUGAGGACAAUUGAAGCCAUGGGGGCCAACAAGCUGAAUGUGUUUCACUGGCACAUCACAGACUCCCACUCCUUUCCUCUUCUCCUGCCGUCGGAGCCCGACCUCGCCGAGAAGGGGUCUUAUGGCCCUGACAUGCGGUACACUCCGGAAGACGUGAAGGCCAUCGUGGAGUUCGGUAUGAGCCGUGGCGUGAGGGUGCUGCCGGAGAUUGAUGCCCCUGGCCACACAGGAUCAUGGGCUGGGGCAUAUCCUGAGAUCGUAACCUGUGCAAACAUGUUUUGGCUGCCCAAUGGGCUAUCCAACUGGGCCGAACGUCUGGCCUCCGAGCCAGGAACAGGGCAGCUCAACCCUCUCAAGCCCAAAACCUACCAAGUUGUUCGCAGAGUCAUCCAUGACGUUGCCUCCCUGUUUCCCGAGCCCUUCUAUCAUGCAGGUGGUGAUGAGAUUAUACCAGGCUGCUGGAAGGCAGAUCCAGGAAUCCAGACAUUCUUAGCCAAUGGAGGAACACUCAGCCAACUUCUCGAGGUUUUUCUCAACUCGACGCACCCUUACAUUGCGUCCCUUAAUCGCACCACUGUCUAUUGGGAAGAUGUUCUAUUGGAUCCAUUGGUGAAAGUAGAACCAUCAACGAUCCCUCCGGAGACCACCGUUCUUCAGACAUGGAACAAUGGCCCGAACAACACCAAGCUCAUAGUUUCCGCAGGAUAUCGAACAAUCGUGUCGUCGUCGGAUUUUUAUUACUUAGAUUGCGGACACGGGGAUUUUGUCGGCAAUGAUAGUUCGUAUGAUCAAAUUGGCAGCGACCGAGGCGGGGAUGGAGGAUCUUGGUGCGGACCUUUUAAGACUUGGCAGAGAGUGUACGACUACGACAUAACGUAUGGGCUUAGCGAAGACGAGGCAAAGCUAGUUUUGGGUGGAGAGGUGGCGUUGUGGUCGGAGCAGGCGGACCCAACGGUGUUGGAUUCUAGGAUGUGGCCAAGGGCAUCGGCAAUGGCGGAAACAUUGUGGUCUGGAAAUCGAGACCAGAGGGGGAAGAAGAGGUAUGCGGAGGCAACGGAUCGAUUGAACGAUUGGCGUCAUCGGAUGGUAGGCAGGGGAAUUAGGGCAGAGCCCAUUCAACCUUUGUGGUGCCGAACGCAUCCUGGAAUGUGUGAUGUGGUUCGGUAGGGAGAUGACAAUUUAUUGGGUUCAAGUUAAAGUAUGAUUUGCAUUGUGAAUGUGUUUUCGAUGCACUUAA